AUGUCGACUCUUACUUGUCACACUAUUGUCGAAGCUCAUUCCUCCUCUUCUGGUACCCAUCGACGACCUAAUGUUGACCAUCACCAGCUGCAUAAAUCGUCUCGACAACAACAACAACAGCACUCGUUGCCUAUCAAUAUCAAACGCAGCAAGCAUCCAGCCCGAACGCCAAGAUCACCUGAAGGUGUAGCCGACGACUACUUUGGUCUUAAUGUAGCAUCGACUUCAUCCACAGGAGGAGAGAGUGAUUACCAAGUGGUUCUCGAAGAUGGUACAUUACAAAGACGCACCGUAUCCUUGACUACAAUGGUAACUGGAUCCUACUCGUCAAUUAUGGAUUACUAUCAGCGUUACAGUGAUCGAUCCUUGCUUUCACCAUCAUCAGCUACUACUCUCGAAAGACAUUAUGAUCAUCAUGAAUCAACACCCUUGCUUGGAGGACAAAGAAAGCGGCUUGACCUUAGCUCAGAUGAUGACGACGACGAUGAUGACAAUGAUGACCGCCACCAUGACAACAACACUAUCCAUCGCAACAAGAGGAAGAAGAUAUCAUGGCGAUUGAGUUAUGCCCAAAAACGAGUGAUCAAAUGCAGCGUAGCGUAUAUGCUCGGUUCGCUUUUUACGUUUGUUCCGAUAUUGAAUCAGCUUGUGGGGGGUUCGAUGGCAGCAAGCCAUUUAGCAGCUACAGUGACCGUAUUCUUCAAUCCUGCAAAGACAAUCGGCGGCAUGGUGGAAGCAGCAGGCUAUGGAUGGCUAUUUACAGUGUGUGCCUUGAUCCUUUGCAUGAUCAGCCUUUGGGUGAAUGAUCUUUUGUUGAACGAUGGCCGAUACCUUUUAAGUUAUGGGUUGACCUUGGGUGUCUGGAUCGGUGUCAGCUCCUUCGUCAUUGCUUACUUUAAGGGUCUCAUGAACAAACCCAGCACGGGAACAGCAUCGGCUCUUGCCUUCAUCAUUAUCCUAUCCACACUUGUCAGAGAGGCUUCUCCGGAUCGCAAUGAUUAUAGCUUCACGCUCAUUCAACAUCUAUUUGUACUUGUGGCUAUCGGCACCAUCAUAUCAAUAGCUGUUUGCUUAGUUUUGUGGCCUGAGACGGCUACCAAAAAGCUAAAAGCUGAUAUCCACAACAGCCUCAUGUCAAAUCGCGUCUUGCUCAAGUUGCUUACAAAGACCUUUCUUUUGGAUGCUGAUCUACCAAGUUUUACGGCAAACAAAAAGCUACAAGAAGCGAUCAAAGCGCAACGUGCCGGAUUUGCAGCCAUGAAAAAGUCAUUGUCGGAUGCCAAAUUGGAAUUUCAACUUGUGGAUGGAUAUGAUGAGAUUGUUGCCAGCCUUCAACGUCUUGAAAGACACGUGGGUGGUCUUCGUAGCAGCUGUGGUCUUCAAUUUGAAGCAAUGAGGAUGCGAAAUCCCAAUGAUAGUACGACAACGACAUCAUGGAAUGUUACUACGAGUGAUCAACGACGCAAAUUUGAGCAUGAAUUACGCCGAGAGCAAAGUUGGCAGAGCAACAACAACAACAACGAUACCACCAUAGCCGAUAACGAUGAGGAGAAUGGUGGAGGUGGAGGAGGAGAAUUAUUGGAAUUCAUAAAGACCGUGCGUGCACCCAUGAAAUCAUUAGCGUAUACAUGCAAGCAAACCAUUGUUCAACUCCAAUCGCAAUUUGACACUAUGCAACGCCGCCCUAUCUCUUUUCGCCUCUUACGACAAAAUUUGACAGUGGCCAUGGCGCUUUUUGAAGAAUCUUUGCAUCAUGCAUUGUCCCAUAUGUAUCGUCGAAGCAACAGCGCUGAAUUGCAUGUACAACUUUUGAAGGAAGUUCCAGUCGACAAUAUCUAUUUGGUCUACUUUUUUGUAUUUUGUCUACUCGAGUAUGCCAAAGAGCUUUCUAUUCUUGUGCAAUGCGUUGAAAACAUCAUUGAGCCCACGAGUAGCAGUACAACCGCCAUGAACAAGCAAUCGACACGACCCAUGGCCACCGAUACGGAUGAACCCUUUGCUGUACCCAACAACCAUAAUACGCUCAAUACCUUGCAUACACCUACGCCAAGCACACAACGACACAAAUUCAGUGUGAGGUUAUGGGGCUUCUUUUCUUGGUUUCGACAACAUACGGUGCGUUUUGCAGCCAAGAAUAUGAUAACAGCCAUUGUCCUAUCAUCCUUUGCAUUCAUCCCUCAGACACAACCUUACUUUUACAAGUAUCGCAUGGAGUGGACAUUGCUUACAGUGAUGACCUUAUUAUCUCCAACCAUGGGUGGAACUAAUCUUACGGCGGUUUUACGAGUGCUUGCAACGAUAGUUGGAUGUGUGGUGGCUGCUAUUACUUAUACACUGUUUCCAGCGCAGCCUGUGGUGCUGGCUUUAUUGUCAUGGAUCUAUUCGCUACCCAGUUUUUGGAUUAUCUUGUAUCACAAGCAUGGACGCUUUGGCCAAGUGGCGUUAUUGGCAUACAAUCUUGUGGUACUCUUUUGCUACAACCAUCGUAAUGACGAGAUGAUGGAUUUUGACGUGAUGGAAUUGGCAAUCGUGCGGUGCAUUACGGUGUCUUUGGGCGUUGUCUUUGGAUUGGUGGUGACAGCCUACAUUUGGCCUUAUUCAGCACGUGUUGAACUAAGAAAGGGAUUAUCGGACUUGCUUAUUCGGCUAUCAUGGGUAUACAAGCAUCUAUCAAUGACACAAGACCAACGUGAAAUGCUUCAUCAUCAAACGGAGUGCCAGCAAUCACUUAUCCACUUGCGGGAUCUUUUAGUACACGCACCAAGUGAGCCAAGACUAAAAGGAACCUUCCCUGCAGCAGCCUAUGAUACCCUGCUCACAACAUGCCAAAACAUUAUGGACAAGUUUGUUUCGCUUGGCAUUGUCGUAGCCAAAAGAGAAACCCAAAUCCACCUUGUGCUUCUGGAAGCUAGCACCGAAUACAAGGAAAUGGUCGGCAACUCACUCUUAUACUUUUACGUUCUUGCAUCAGCAUUACAACUCAAAACGCCUUUGCCACCUUAUUUACCACCCGCCGAAAGAGCUCGCAAGCAACUCAUGCUCCAACUACAAGAUACAUCUUUGCAUUCGGAAGGACAUUACAUGAUUUACUAUGCUUAUCUGGUGCUCAUGGAAGAUGUCAUUCGUGAUCUUGAUUCGCUUGGUAAGGUGAUGAAGGACUUGUUUGGAGCACUGAUACCAGAUAAUCAAUGGGCAGAAUACUUUACAAGGCAAAUCGCUUAG